UUUCGUCUGCCCCAUUGCAAGAAGAUGGCAAAAGCAAACAUUACCAGAGACAUCGUCCACAGACAGAUCAAGGAGAGGGGUGCGCUGGGCUUCGAACGACACUAUCAUGUCACCGAUCCAUUCAUUCGACGCCUGGGCCUAGAAGCAGAAUUGCAGGGUCACUCUGGGUGUGUCAACUGUCUAGAAUGGAAUGAAAAAGGAGACUUGUUGGCCUCUGGCUCUGAUGACCAACAUACCAUUGUCUGGGAUCCUCUGCACCACAAGAAACUCCUUUCUAUGCACACGGGACACACUGCAAACAUCUUUUCUGUCAAGUUCUUGCCGCAUUCAGGGGAUCGGAUCCUCAUCACGGGAGCUGCAGAUUCCAAGGUGCAUGUCCAUGACUUGACUGUCAAGGAGACCAUCCACAUGUUUGGAGAUCACACCAACAGAGUUAAACGGAUUGCCACGGCUCCCAUGUGGCCUAACACCUUCUGGAGUGCGGCAGAAGACGGGCUAAUCAGACAGUACGACCUGCGAGAGAACAGCAAACGUUCAGAAGUCCUGAUAGACCUGACAGAGUACUGCGGGCAGCUGGUGGAGGCCAAAUGCCUGACGGUCAACCCCCAAGAUAACAACUACUUAGCAGUAGGGGCAAGUGGACCCUUUGUGCGGCUCUAUGACAUACGCAUGAUCCACAACCACAGAAAAAGCAUGAAGCAGAGUCCUUCAGCUGGAGUACACACAUUCUGCGACAGGCAGAAACCCCUCCCGGAUGGUGCGGCACAGUACUACGUGGCAGGGCACCUUCCAGUGAAGCUCCCGGACUACAACAACCGGCUGAGAGUUCUGGUGGCCACAUACGUCACCUUCAGUCCUGACGGCACUGAGCUCUUAGUCAACAUGGGAGGGGAGCAGGUCUAUUUGUUUGAUCUAACAUACAAACAGCGACCAUACACUUUUCUCCUCCCAAAGAAGUGCCAUACUUCAGGGGGUAAAGUGCAGAAUGGAAAAACCUCUACCAAUGGAGUGUCGAAUGGCAUCCAUCUCCACAGCAAUGGCUUCCGCUUGUCCGAAGGAAGAACACAUGUGAGUCCCCAGGUGGAGUUACCUCCCUAUCUGGAGAGAAUCAAGCAGCAAGCCAAUGAGGCCUUUGCUUGCCAGCUGUGGACUCAAGCCAUCCAGCUAUACAGCAAAGCAGUCCAGAAAGCCCCCAACAAUGCCAUGCUGUAUGGAAACAGAGCUGCCGCCUACAUGAAGCGCAAGUGGGAUGGGGACCAUUAUGAUGCUUUAAGGGACUGCUUGAAGGCCAUAUCCUUGAAUCCGUGCCACCUGAAGGCCCAUUUCCGUCUUGCCCGCUGUCUCUUUGAACUCAAGUAUGUGGCGGAAGCACUGGAGUGUCUGGAUGACUUUAAAGGGAAGUUCCCAGAACAAGCACAUAGCAGUGCCUGCGAUGCACUAGACAGAGACAUCAAUGCAGCCCUCUUCUCCAAGAGUGAUAACGCUGAAGACAAGAAAGGGGGUGGCCCCAUCCGGCUGCGAGCCACAGGCCGCAAGGAUUCCAUCUCAGAGGAUGAGAUGGUGCUGAGGGAGCGCAGCUACGACUACAAAUUCCGAUAUUGUGGCCACUGUAACACUACUACAGACAUCAAAGAGGCCAAUUUCUUUGGCAGCAAUGCACAGUACAUAGUCAGUGGGUCAGAUGACGGCUCCUUCUUCAUCUGGGAGAAAGAAACCACCAACCUCGUCAGAGUGCUGCAGGGAGACGAGUCGAUUGUGAAUUGUCUCCAGCCUCAUCCCAGUUACUGCUUCCUGGCCACCAGCGGCAUUGACCCAGUUGUACGACUGUGGAACCCUAGGCCAGAGAGUGAAACCCUUAAUGGCCGCGUGGUCGUGGACAUGGAAGGUGCUUCCCAAGCUAACCAGAGACGAAUGAAUGCAGACCCGUUGGAGGUGAUGUUGCUGAACAUGGGGUACCGGAUUACAGGACUGACCAGUGGUGGGGCUGGAGGCUCAGAUGAUGAAGACAGCUCAGAGGGGCAAGUCCAGUGCCGGCCCAGCUAAAACAGAACUGCCUCUCCUUCCUCUAAUUGUUUGGCUGAAAGGGAACCUAGUUUCCUUGGUCCUGAACUUUCUCUGAUGAAUGACUGCACUGUUUCGCACUAUGCACAGAGUAGGACAAGCUGGCAGGGGCAGGAGCGGCCGUCUCUUUAAACCAUCGCCACCACCUCCUCCUUCUCCCGUCACGCUACUGAGCAGCAUGGCAGUGCGUCCAGGGUUUGCCUUUAGUGGAAUUUAGUCCCAACAGGGGUCUUUCAGUUGUCUGUAAGCAGUGUAAGCUGGUGAUUUUUUUUCCAGAGCUGCUGUAUGAUCUGGUACAGGGGGAUGUUGCCUGCAUUCAUGCAUUUGCAGAGGGGAUGUUAAAAUCCUGAAUAAAAUACAAACCUAGGGCAGGGGUUAUGGAAUGAAUUUACUGCGGUGAUCUUGGUCUUGAAAGUUUGACUCUGCUUUUGUGCUGCCAGCCUGGCUAGAGGCCCCUGGUUUAGGAUUGUUGGCCAUGAAACACCUGUUUUGUCCCAUAACAUCUUUCUUCUGGCUUCCAUCUCUAACACGUUGUCACCAGAUGUAGCUGUGUUGUAUUAAGGACUGGAUAUUACCUGUCUUGUCCCUGGGCAUCUGUCUUAGUUGAUGAAUCAGUGAAGGCACUGAGUACGUGCAGCUCAGCAGGGCAGGAUGCGCUUGCCCAGCUCUGAUGCUUCCUUCCGUGGCCUAUGAACCCUUGGAGAAAGGCGACAGCAAUGAGAGCAGGUUUGAUCAGAGGCCUACGACUCACGUAGCUAAAGCUACUGAGGAAAGGAGCUGGUAACAGCACUCUUCCAGAGCUUCUCUCUCCGUUGCCCAAAAUGUGUGUAGCUGUAUUCACCUUCUCCUCUCCACGUCACCUGUGCUGGAGCUGAGAACGUUGCCACCGUGUAUAUGUUGCAACUAAAGUUUCGAGCUUUUAGACAGCAGCAUUUUUGCGCAGUCAGCUGCUCUGUCUUGGCCAAGGUGGGCCUUCUCUGCCUCAUUGUUGGUGUAACAUCUGAUGGAUUAGUGGUCCUCUCAGGAACCCUCCUUCCUCUUCCCGCUCUCCACACACUGACUCUGGCUGCAAAGCCAGGAGUACACCUAGAAAUGCAGCACUGUACUUCCAUUCCUUCCCCUCUCGUGUAACAUGCAGCCCUGUUUUUCCCUCUUGCAGUUGCCAAACACUGAAUAUCAAAUAGAUCUUACACAGCUCUGCUACAACCGAAUCCGAAGAGGUUGUUUUUUCUAGGACUAUCAACUAAGACCAAAGAGCCCCUGGAGAUCUUAACUGCUCUGCGCUGUCUUGUAUCUCUUACUGCUGAAGGUCUGAACAUGCUAGCCUUGGUCCCAGGGGUGUGAGAUGUGUGUCUGGGAGUGUGUGCGCAUGUGUGUAUGCUGCAUUAGGGCUGUUCUUCCAUGUGGUGCAAUCCCUGGUCUUCCUGUUCCUGCUGUGGAAAGAUGAGAGGCCUCCCUUUCCUUCUCUGGCUGCUUCUGGCUGCCAGGCGUUGAUGAGAGAGACUGCGCAGUGCCGGCUGAUCAAGGUAACUGGCUUCCUCUCCCUUCCAGAACAGUCUUUACGAGAUGAGUGAGCCUUGUGCAGGAGGGAGAGAGGUCACAGAGGCUUGUAGCUGGCAGCGUCUCUCCAAGGACACUGUUCCCUGCAUAGAGAGAUCCCCCGCGCCCCCCUUGCAAUCGCGGUGGGGCUAUCUGGGGUCUGAUCUCUGCCCCUCAGACAAAGGUGUCCAUCUGCUCUUUCACGUGUGGGUGAAACUGAGCCUUAGCGAACCCCGGUCUUGUGGGAGCACGCCCCUCACCACCCAGAAACGACUGGCUACCCUUGUGCUCUGCUGAGCUGUGAUGGCAGACUCGCCUCCCAUCUUCUCCUCCUGAAGCAGAGCUCUCCUGGGACAGAUUGUCACUUGGCUGCCGAGGGCGUGUUUGCUUGUUUUCAGGCAGUACCAGCGCGGGAGAUGUGACUGCUUGCUCAGUUUACCUGUUUGGUUGUGUACAAGCUCCCCCGCCCCGAGUGUACCCCGGCACUCAAUGCUCUUCAAAACCCAGAGGCAACAGAAAAUUCUUCUCACUCGGGUGGCUUUUUGACAUGGUCUGGCCUUUUCUUUUUUUGCUUACGGCUUUCCUACUAGACGCAUCCUCUUUUCCCCCCCCCCCUUUCUCCCCCCCCCCAAACUUUUUUUUUCCAGCUUUCAGUAGAAAACGUCUGCAGACUUUGAUUUUUUUUUUUUAAACUGAGAGACUGAGAUGGAAAGCUCCGAAAAUAACAGACCUCUCCCUCCCCGUUCACCUUUUGCUGUGGCAGCUAUUUUCUGUUGGUUUUACCCUUGUGAGACAGUGCGGCUCUUUUACUUGCCAGUUGCAGUGUGAAAGCUACAAGAUUCCCUGCCUCUGCAGUGGAUCGCUUUUUUUUAAUGGCUGCUUUGGUUAAAAAAGAUAAAUAAUAAUGGGAGAGAAGGGGAGAGAGAAAAAUCUUUCUGCCUCUAACCCCUUUCCCCCUUGUUGUGGGCAGAUUACCUGCUUUGUCGCUUGUUAAUGAGGAAUUUGUAUUUAUUGGUGAAGGAAAAAACAUGCUGGGGAGGUAGGGAGAAGGUGUUGCUUUAUUGACCUCUGCUGUUUACUUCAGCCCCCUCUUUGGAAAAGCUUCUUCCUGCUCUUUCUGGUUAACUCUUUCUAGCCUGGGAUAUGCAGGGAUGCCUCCUUUAUUUUUGUAUUCUAGCAACGGGCUCUCCGUUAGGAGACUCUAGGAUUCUCUCAGUGUUGCAAUGACCAUUGCUUCUCGCUUUUUCAAGUACUAAAGAUGAUCAUCUCGUAAACUUUGCCCCUGCAGUCGUAGAGGUAACACACAAGCCUUACUGCCCUCAUUAGAAGGAGCAGAAAACUUGUUUCUCUGGUCCCUGGAAGAGAAAGGGUUAAGCAAUUAAACAAUUCUUUGUUCUAGUUCUUUCUCGGUGUCAUUUUGUUUGGGGGAUUGUUCUGGCUUCGUUCUGCCUUUCUCCUCUGUGGAGGUGGACAAGGGUGGGUGGAGGGUGGCCUGGUUGGGCUGGAUGUUGUCUGUUCAACAGCGCUGCUUCGUGGAGAAUAGCAGCCCCAGUAAACUUGAGCGGGAACGGGGCUGGGGAGCCCGAAACGUGGCUUGUGAGCUGUGGCGGCUACCGAGUUAGUGCUGGUGUUAGUUUAUCCAGGUGUGGGAGCUCGGAUCUGUCGGUGGAGCGAGGGCCGGGGCUCUGUUCCGGAGCAGAGUCCACCCCCGGCUUGGUUUAGAGCUAAAGCUGCAAACGUUGGGGUGAGGAUGAGAACGGCUGCCUGGGGCUUGCCGGGGAAGAGAGAAGUGGUGCACAUGUCGUACAGAAAGAUUAAUGGUGCUGUGGUGGAGUUAGUUUCUCUGAAUCCUGUUUUGUCAGGGUGGGGGGUAAAAUUGAUAAAAUCCUCUUUGGGUCCCCGCUGAACCCAAGAGUUAGAGGUGAGUGGGCGGGGGGGACAAAAAGCUGAGAAGGGAAACCAGCCUGUCCUUGCCUUUUAGCUCUUCUUAAAUAGCCUCUUGCCCUGAGAAGCAGAGCCCUGGUGACUCAGGCUGCGGGGCAGACCCAAGGUCACCUGCCUGAGUCACCAUGUUACUGACCGACCUUCGGAGAUGUUUCCACUGUCAGAAACAACGCACUUUUACUGCACCUUAAGGUGUCCCGCGCUCAGCGUGGUGUGUAGGACAUCAACAUUUAGACCCAGAGAUGAUCCCUCGCUAAAGGAUAUCACAAAUUCGCUUUCCCCUCUGGGCUCCUGCUGCAAAAACCUCCCAAAUACUUUCUUGCCCUCCAAGCUGCAGAAUGCCAGGCCUUAAGCAGGAGUUAGAAAACCAGUCUGCUAUUUCCAGAACCCAUUUGAACUCUUCUCUUUAAAAUUCCCGUUGGACACCUUUCAGCUGAAGGCCUUUUGAGGCCUCUUCAUUUCAAAUCCUGUCUGAUAUAAAUUACUGCUUUAAAAGACAGCUCUGCUCUAACAAAGCAAUGUGCAUCCAUAGCCGGAAUUGGCAAUCAGCUAAUUGGGUCAGAUCUUGGACUGAAUGGUUGGACAAAGAGGAAGCGUGGAAGGGGAAGCAGAGUGGUUGAAUCGUGGGUGGAAAUGGCUAGAAGGACCCAGAAAAUGAGUUUUAUUUGUAAUUUGGGUAAGGGAAUUGGGUCGAGGAGGGAGAGGAGCGCUGUGCUCUGGGAUGGGGGGAGAGGAACAAUCGCAGCCCUGCUGCCGAGUUCACUUUUCUCCGAUGUAACUGUUCGCAGUGCCAGGAGCAAGUCUGCAAAGGGCUCAAGAUGGUUCCUGUCUCUGAGCAGAAUGGGAGCAGGAUGUCAGAAAACUGCCUGCCAUUGCUGCAGUGAGGAAUUCGGUCCUCUGCCCGUUAGGCUCCUUGUAGCUUGUUCAGGCCUUGCUGCUGCGGGAGGCGAGACUGAUGGGGAACCCCUCCGGGGCUGGCAAGGAGAGAAGGUGGGCCUCUUCGCGGAUUUCAUAGCUGAGAAAUCAUGGUGACCUGCACUCGGCUCUUUGGGCUCUUCCACCUUGUGCCCCUUGCCCCUGACAAACCGGUGGCUUUCCCUUUAAACGUAAAAAGUUGCCCCGUGGAUUGGCUGUGUCAACUGGAGAGGGGAGCGAGGAGGAAAUGCAGCUUUCAAGCGACAGGGCAGCAGAAAAGACCCGAAGGUUAAAGCUGAGGGGUGAGAUGGCUUAGGGGCAUUGCUUUUGGGGUGGGUGGCUGAGCCUGCGUCUGUUCUCGCGCUUGUGAGUGGCACCAUCAUCAAUACAGAUGAGAAUGACGUUUCUGGUUCACGCUGAGCGAUUAGAGGCUGUCAGAUUGCAGCAGGCGCAGACCGCGGGAAAGGAACAACAAAAACGCGAAGCAACCCACCCCAGCAUCACCUCCAGGGCGGGGGAAGGACGCCUUGGUGUCCUCCAUCAGCCUGUGCCUCGGUGACAUUUUAAAUAGACUCCUGCACGCGGUGUUGCCUGCUGCUGCCUCGGUUGUCAAUGUCAGAAGGGGGAGGGGAUCUCUUCCUUGAGUGGUUUGGUUCUGGCAGUCCCUGUAAUGUUUGAGCUGUCACAACAGGGAAGGUUCCCAAGGAAGCCGCUUGCUGAACAAGAGCUGGCUGGGUGCCUGCUUCUUUCAGGCUCAGAGAUGAGCCGGGGUAGAAAGGGGAGGUAACCGAAUCCCUUCCAGGCUGAGCUCCAGCUAUAGCCAUGGUGGCGUGCGCUUGGACAAACCCAAACCGGCGCGCGGUCUGGGCUGUGUUCGUUCCUGGAGCAGGCGGGCUCCCCUCUGGGAAGGGCUCCGCGUCUCCGGGGCGCGAGUGACGCGCUGGCACCUGCAGCGAGCAAGGCAAAGAUCGUCGUCCUGGGGAGGUUUUUGGGCCGAUGGGAGGUAGAGCUGCUUCCCUGCUGACAACGGGAGAGGGGAGCCAUCGGUGGCAAGGCGCUGGCAGAAGUGGGAGUGAAACCUUUUUGUUUCUUGUCAAAUGAGAGAUUGCAAAAACAAUGAUGGCAGUAUUCCGGCUCUAUGCAUCGAUCCAGUAGUGUAGUCAGGCAAGAUAGCUGCAAUAAAAAGCCCGGCCUUUAAUUUUAUGCAUGGAGAACUUCUUACCUGCUCUCCCGCCCCCCCGGCUCCCCCCCUGCAGUUUCUUUUCCAACUGCAGCUAUUUUUCCCUGCUGACUUCAGGUGUUUUGUAUUCUGCUUAGAUCAAUAGCAGUAGAACAGCAGCAGCUUUCCAGUUGUCACUAGGAAGACCCUGCUGUCAGCUACAGCUUACCCGUUUUCUGCCAGUGCGGUGCCGGGGACGGAGAGCCCUUCUGCUUGCCUGACGAACACAAAACGAAAGCUGGGUUUGCCUUCCUGCGCUUGGUUUAGGAGGGAAUAAACUGGGCUGUCCGGAAUGCCCCCUGCCCACGCGGGAGGGGAGGGCGUGAGGUGGCACUGCGGGGAGUCGCGUCCUGCUGAGGCUGGCGGCGGCGGCGGCUUUGCCAAGGGAGCUGGUCCCUGGAGACACGCUGCCUCCGAGACACAAGCAGGAAGAGCCUAAUCCGACAAACGCGCCAGGACCGCGUUAGCUGAUGUGAACGUUGGCCCCUAUUCAUAGAUUUUAACAAUCUCCGAUAUUUAUGUUAGCCUGGAGCAAAUCAACGCAAGUAUUUUUCUUCAUCAAACAAAAAGUGUUCGCUGAAACACAUACAACCUUUGUGUGCAUCUUCCAUCCGAAGUGCCAAAAUAGGAAGUGUCUGUUAGAAACCAAAGCACCAGGCAUGGCUUUGCUCUCAAGGGCGUCUGUAUUUCCUCGGCUUUCUCUCUUUUGAACUGGACUAUUUUGUGAAAUCCCUCACCAUCAGAUCCCGAGGAGCACGAUCUCGGGCUCUCGAUCCGCUCUGACGCAGUGACAGGUCAUGCUGAGACGGUGCCCACGCUCCAGCUCGACGUGAGCCGCUCUGCGUGAGCACCUGGGUGGAUGGCUCUGCUUCCAUCCAGAUGCCUCUGAAGCAGCCCUCCCUCUUGGAGGGGCUGCCCUAAAACACGGUCUAGACUAGGAAAUAAGGUGGGAUGUUAGAUGAUCUCUUGGGGGCUCGGUAGAGGCGAGGAAAUGUAGUCUGCAGUGCGUUACUAAGCUAGUUGUGUUGGAGCCUGAGUACUCCUAUGACAAGUUAGCGUGUAUCGAGGGCGGGUAGGCCACCUCUGCGCUAGACUGUUAGCUAAUGCUUUCUCCUGCCACACCGGCAACUCCAAGUUGGUGUCGCCUCUGACGCGCCGCUGCUGUGGGUAGAGGUUACGGAUCUCCUGGGCUUUCAAGCUGGAAGCUUCGCUAGUCUUAAGAUUCGGUGAGCAUGUAAGCGCUGUUCUGUCCCCAGAACAGAGAAUACAUUGGUAAACGUGGAAGGCCGGACUCAGCUUCAUUGUCGAGCAAAGUCAGGUAAUGGAAAGCAGAACGCAUACGGUAGAGAUAAGAAAAGUCUUUGAUGAAGGAGAGAAGUUUCAGUGAAAAGCAGGGCCGUUACGCGGAAGCUGUAAGUUUGUGAUGACGGUUGGGAACAGUGGCUCUGGCAGUUAACAGGGUUUGCUAACAACAAAAGCCAGCACCUUCUGCGCGCAGAGUGCUCGCUCCGCAUUGCCUCCGCCCGGCGUGCUGGAGCUGCGAGGGAGGAGGAACCCAACCGCGUGCAGGAAGGGGCUGAGACUGUUUUACUAGCAAAACCCCUUGGCAUCGUGCUGUGUGACACCACAAACGGUGCUGGAGAGCUCCGAUAACCACGGGCCUUGAAGUGAAAUGCAGCUCAAGGUCUCUGUGUGAGGAGGAAAAGCACGGAAGGACGCGAAGAGGACGCUGGGCAGAACAUCCCCGUCCUGGGUGUGCUGGGCUGGGGCAAGCGAUGUCCUCCCUGUUCUUCCCACUCGUUCAGUGAGUUGUCACUCUGUGUUUUGCCGAGUGUGUUGUGGUGGGUGGAAAUCUGGAAUAAACGUACUUCUUCUUC